AUGCCAGAAACAACACCCCAAAUACCACGACCGCAACCACAGCCACCAAAGACUACCAAUGGGGGGAAGAAGCCCCCUCGCAAGAUCACAACUUGUGUUGACGGGGCACUACCCGAGGAAUAUUUCUCCUUCCCAACUAUUGUCAUUACUCGUCGUGGGAGAUUGAAGAAAGUAGUUACAAAGGCCAAGCAGGGACUGCAAUCUGUGUUCACAUCAUUGAAACGCAAGUUCAGAUAG